AUGAUAGCUAACCGUAUGAAGCCUUUGCUAGAAGGCAUUAUAUCAGACUCCCAGAGUGCCUUUCUUCCAGGUAGAUUAAUCUCGGAUAAUAUCCUAAUUGCAUCCGAGGUUGGCCAUUACUUGAGGAGGAAGCAGUUAGGGCAGGUGGGGUGGGCGGCUCUAAAGCUUGAUAUGGCCAAAGCGUACGAUAGGAUGGAGUGGUCUUUUGUGAGGGAUAUGCUUAUGGGUUUGGGUUUUGAUGCGAAAUGGGUACAGCUGGACUCCCAGGCUAAGGGUCUUAUUCAUGGUUGCAGGGUAGCCCGGGGGGUACCGCCAAUCUCACACUUGUUUUUUGCAGAUGACAGUCUGCUUUUCUUUAAAGCUAAUCUGCAGGAGACUAUGGAGGUGAAGAAGUGUCUGGGUGUCUAUGAGACUUUCUCUGGGCAGGCGGCUGAUGAUUUUGGGAAGUAUCUGGCUCUGCCUUCUGUUAUUGGCAGGAACAGGAGGACUGUUUUUGAUUAUGUUGAGCAGAAGCUGAGGCAAAGAUUUGGGUCAUGGAAUAAGAGGCUGCUGUCCAAGGCGGGUAAGGAGGUUCUUUUGAAGAGCAUUGCGCAAGCUAUGCCAACAUAUACCAUGAGUAUUUUCCUGCUCCCUAAAUCUUUAUGUAUUUCGUUGGAAAGGUUGAUGAACAGGUAUUGGUGGGGGCAGAGUGGUUCGGACAGUAGCAUUCAUUGGCUGGCCUGGGACAGGAUGUGUACCCCCAAGAAUUUUGGUGGAAUGGGUUUCAAACGGUUGCAUGAGUUUAAUCUGGCCCUGUUGGGCAAGCAAGGGUAG